AUGAAUUCUGCAUCUCAAGACAAGCAAUGGAAGGUGGAUACACACACUUACAAAGGCAUUACGUUUCCGCUUUUCAUGCCACAAAAAAGCUUGGAAGCCAUGGACAGUUUUGAAGUGAGACCAGACGACGUGUUCAUAUGUACCUUCGCUAAAUCAGGCACUUUGUGGAUAACCGAAAUAGUUUGGAGAAUACUGUCACACUGUGGCGUUUUUGUGGGAGAGGAACCGUUGGAUAAAGGUCCGUAUCCUGAUUAUCACAUUCCGGGUUGCAGACCAAACUAUGAAAUUCUAGCAGAAAUGCCUUCACCACGGCUCAUGGCGACACAUCUGCCGUCUUCAUUUCUACCAGCACAACUGUUUGAUGUGCGACCAAAG